AUGAUAAAACGACAAAGUGGAGAGACUAGCUUGACACCACUCUCCCAAAAUAUGGGUAGUGAAUUAUAUGAGAAAAAUUGCUUUGAUGAAGAUGUUAAAGAGAGCAUUCAAGAUAUGAAAGCUGUUUUUGAUCAAAAACAUGGUUAUUUCGAUACGAAUGCUGAACCUUAUAGAGGUUUCCUUACUCUUAUUCGUCAAUCCGCUGUGCAGCACAUACUGCAUUUGUAUGACCAUCCAGGAGAACAUUCUCCAUACGAAUGCGCACUUCAGAAAACCUGUGCUAUGAUGAACGAAAAUGAAAUCUAUGUGGACCAGAUGGCAAAGCAGAAAUAUUUAAGGGAUACUAAUCAGAAGAAGGCUGUUGAAACGCAGUUUGAGAAAGUACGAUCGAAUGUUUCUAAAGUAUUGGGUAACUUGGCGACGGAUAUACCAACAUGGCUCGAGAAACUGGAAAAGAUUACAGGAAACUGA